AUGUUCUACGGAGACCAUCAGGAUCACGAAGAUGAAGAGCGCUUGAAAUCUGUCGAUUCCCGGUCGUCAGAAAAUAUACCACCCAACGUCAUUAUUCGACGAGCCUCCCAAUGCCCGGAUAAUCACAAGCUCUUGAUUAUUGGGAUUUUUGCAGAAGUAUAUCUUGUGGACAAUGAAAUUAUCAGAAAGAUCCCUCGCAGCCAGAGUGAAGAAGACAUGCAACCUAUACUCCGCGAGGCUAUGGUUUAUGACACUCUGGGGCCUCAUCCACGGAUUGCUGAAUGGCUAUCAAAGGACAUAUCAAACUUUAUCGACAUCAAGUACUAUCCGCAUGGUGACCUUGUGAACUAUUGCCAGAAGAAUUUGAUACAACCUGAGCUACGAUCUAAAUGGUACCAGCAAAUCUUGGAAUCCGUUGAGUUUAUCCAUAGCCGUGGUGUGAUCCAUUCCGACCUUGCUCUACGGCAGUUCUUUAUUGACAACAAUUUGAAUGUACGACUCGGUGAUUUCAACGCUUCGCAAUGCUCUGGUCACGUAGCACUCGGCUACGAAAAAGCAUCACAUUGCCUGCCACGAGAUUAUGAACUUCCCAACACUGAAACCUCCGAUGUCUUUGCCCUGGGAUCUACACUAUACGAGCUAGUUACUGGCAAUGCCCCAUACAGCGAACUUUCUGGGCCCAAAUCUGACGAUCCGGAUAUCAUUAAAGCUCAAAUCCGACGUCAACAUGAGGUAGAUCAUGAGAUUGAAACACGGUACAAAAACCGCUACUUUCCCGAUGUCUCUGGUUUAUUUGGAGGGGAAAUCAUAAUGGGUUUCUGGAGCGGCGAAAUUCCCUCCGCCCGAGCUGCACUUGAUUAG